AUGAAUCGUCUUUCCCAUGUCUCUCGGUUCUCUCUUCUUUUGAGAACGGCUCACCAACAACAACAAGCCUUGUCUUUCCAUGUUUCUCUCAACUUUCGUAUAGGCUCAAUUUUUGACGUUCCUUCAGAAGAAACUAGAUCCGAUGAUAUUUUCAAAUCUCUCACCAAAACUAUUGAUGAAGGAGUCAUUCCUUCGCAACAACCACAAGGAAGACGCUUCCAAAGAGCAGCCAAACAACAACAACAACAACAACCCAGUGCUGGUAGUAAAAUUAUGAGACACAUUUUCGAAGAAUUACAGAACACUGAGGCCCAACAACAACAGCCAACGUCAUCAUCCUCUGGUUCCGGAUUGGACAGCCAAGCUUUUGAUAGCUUUUUAUUUGGUGAUUCAAAGGCAGAUCUUACUUCUCUUCAAUCUCUCAUGCAACCACAAGGAACCGGUGCCAAUUCACGUGAAGAAGAAUAUUAUUGUGGUGAAAAGAUAGUUCAUACAGACGCUGUAACUGGAGAACAAUUUAUUAAAGGAAAAGUGAAACUAAUUUCAGAAGCGCUCGCAAAGAUUUCACCAGAGAGAAUUGAGGCCUUGUCGAGCCAGACUCUGAAAAUGGUAAAAUUGUUGAGAGACUCUAAAGAAUCGGACGUGAGUGAAAUUGAAAAAGUUUUUCUCUCUAUUGAAAAACCCACAACCACUGAUUUUAACUUGAUGGCUAAAGCAUAUUCUAAGGAUGUGAGUCAACGUGUUGGUUUGAAGCAUUCUCUUGACAAACAAUUACAGAAUCCUCAAUCAUUUGGAACUGUAUUAUUGCAAACAUUUGCAAAAUUAGGACAAGUUGAAAACAUGCAACAACUUUUGGAUGAUGGUACUGUGAAUAAGGACGCCAUUGCAUAUAUGUUCUUGCUCAAGAAUUUGAAAGAGGCUAGAGCUAGCUAUGAAGUCCUGAAACAAUUUUAUGAAUCAAUUCCACAAGACCUGAAAGAGGAGGGAUCAUUUAUUUAUGAACGUUUGAAGGGAGAAGAAAAGAUUCACAAUAUGGAACAGGUCCUAUUGAAGGAGGGCCCACCAUUGGAAUCAAUUUAUUUCAAUCCAUUCGUAACACCUGUCUAUGGCUUCAAUAGACCUUAUCCUAAGAAGUAA